UUCCCGUUAGUCAAGCUCCAAAACAUGGCGUUGCUUUUAAGGACGGUGGCCCGACAGGGUCUAUAUUCGUCACGGUCACAGUUUGGCGUAGUCUACAGACAUGCUGUCCCUAUGGGAACCACAGCUAAAGAAGAAAUGAACAAGUUCUGGGCAAAAAACACAGGACUCAACCGACCUAUCUCACCUCAUAUAUCCAUUUACAGGUGGUCUAUUCCUAUGAUGAUGUCAAUCUUCCAUAGAGGAACAGGAGUGGGGCUUAGCAGUGGUAUCUCUGCGUUUGCAGUCGCUGCGUUGGUGUUACCGGAAAAUUACCCACAUUACCUUGAUCUGAUUCACUCCAUGUCAUAUGGGCCCCAGUUUCUUGCUUUUAGCAAAUUUGCUCUGGCUUUCCCAAUGGCUUACCACACUUUCAACGGCAUCCGCCAUUUGAUCUGGGAUUUUGGAAAAGGCUUUAAGGUACCGGAAGUCUAUCGUUCUGGAUACGUUGUCAUUGCUUUGACAGUUCUCACAUCAGUUGCUCUUGCUGCCAUGUAAACCCGUGGACGUGAGAGGACUGAGUGAAACGCACAAAUGAAGAGUGUUGUUAUUUUGUAUGUCUGUUUCGGUAAUGGUCUGUAUGGACCAAAUUCAUUAAUAUAAUAAAUGUAAAAUUGUAUAAACAAAAUAUAUCUAUUCUCAGU